AGCUUCAUGCGUGGUCUAGUUUCUUCAGCAGUCCACUGCUUCACUAGCUUUCCGUUCUAGCGACUUGAGAAAAACAAGUUCUGAAGCUCUCUCUCAUUACCUAUACAACCGCGGCUUUGUCGAGCGUCACCAUGUCCAAGUCAGUUGCCGUCGGUAGCCUCCGGGCUGCCAGUCGCGACGGCUUAUCUUCAACGUCAUUCCUAACUCACUUAAAGCUCCGGCCUUCAACGUACCGCGGCUCCACUUCCACUUCUCUCCGCGUUGGUCCCUCAAUCCGCGCGGUUCUGGACAAACCCUCGAGCAACACCAGCGGCGGAAGCAGCAGCAGCAGCAGCAGCAGCAGCAGCGGCGGCGGCGGCAAUGUCAGCGGAAGCCGGUUCAGCCGGAGCAACGCCGGCCAUGAUUCCCUGGACGUCGCUCGGGCUGCACUGGAGCGGCUAUUCUCGCAGAACUACCGACAAGACCUGAAGCCUGAGGUCGACUCCACGAAGUUUCUUGAAGACGCAAUUGCUCAGCUCGAAAUGGACCUGUCGACGGUGUUCGAAGCCAUGCGGGAGAAAGAAGAGGAGCUCGCUGAAGCGGAGCAACGGCUCCUGUUUGACCGGUCGAAUUUGGACUCAGCGCGUGAAUUGAUUCAGGAACGAGAGGCUCGCCUUGUCAAGAGUCAGGCGGCUCAGGUGACUUUGAGGGAAGACGCUGAGAAGAUUCGGGCUACGCUGGCGGAACAGACGGAGGAGCUGGCAUCGGCUCGAAAGGAUCUUGAAUUGAGGAAUAAGGAGAUCCGCGACGCUAAGGACGGGUUGGCUAAGAAGGAAGAGGAGAUUACCCGAGCCCACGCGGCGAUUCGAGCACGGAAUGAGAAGCUGGGGCUUGCCGAAACUGAGCUCAAGGCUCGGGAGGGCCAGCUUUUAGCUUCGACUGCGGAGGUCCGGCAACUGCGGUUGGAUCUGAGAUCUGCGGUUGCCGACAAGAAGCGGCUGCAGGAGGAGCUGGAAGAUUCGCGGAAGGAGCUGCUCCGUCAGGAGGGCAAGCUUGUCGCCAUGGAGGCAGAUUUGGAGAAAAGAGCCGGCAUUGUGACGGCGGCUCAAAAGGAGAUUAAGAUCCUCCAGAAGCAUCUGAAGAACUCCGCAACAACUGGAGAGGCCGCGAGUCGCGAGCUGGCGCAAGCGAAGAAGAUGAUCGGCGCGGUUAAAGUGGAGCUUAAGGUCUCCAACGAGUCGCUAAACAAAUUCCGGUCCGAGGUCCACGAGCUUAAAGCCGCCGUCGUGAAGCAGGACCGCGAAGCGUCGAACGCGGCGAUGCUGCUGAAGAAGCGGGAGAGGGAGCUCGAGCGAGCGAACUCGGAUCUUGCCAAGGAGAAGGAGACCCUGCAGAUGGCUCGCGCCGCGGUCCUGGAUGUGGAGAUUAAGUUGAAGCACGAGAUGGACGCGUGCGAGACGCUCGCGAUGGAGGUCCGCGACGCGCGGACGAAGCUUCGCGCAGCCACGGCCGAAGCUGCGGAGCUCCGUAAAGACGUCCGGCAGGCCGAGUCCCAACUCAUGGACGCGAAGCUGUCCCUUCAACUUAAAGAGGCCGAACUCGUGGGACUUCGCCUGGACCUACAAGAGACGCAAUCGGAUCUGUCUUUAUCGAAGCAGGACCUCAGAUCCCGGACGGAGGAGCUCGAGUCCGCGGUAAGCGCGCUGGAGGGGCUCCGGCGUGAGCUGGCAGCGGUGAAGCUGGAGCUGCAGGUUAAGGAGGAGCGCAUGGAGGCGUCUGAUAGGGCCCUGGAAUUGCGGGAGGAGUCGAUUGGGGUGAUGGAGGUGAAGCUGGAGGGCAGCAACGCGCGAUUGGCGGCGGCGGAAACGGCGGUCGAGCAGAUCGCGGCGCUCUCGCGGAAGCUCGCGGAUUCCGCGCUGGCCGCGGGGGGGUUCGACAUGGGGGUGCUGCCGUCCGAGAGAGCAGUCCAGAGCGGUGGUGCGGGGUUGGGGAGGGUGCGAAGCGGGAAGAUGCUGGUGGGGGAGAGUGUUCUGCUGGCGGAGACGAAUCGGGAGCUGUUUGCUGCCAGCCGCGCGCUGCUGGAGAAGGAGCACGUGAUGCUGUUGCUGCAGGAGCAGGAGCAAGAGCAGAGGGCGCAGAACGAGCGCCUACUGGAGCAGCUGCGAGCAGCAAGGGCGGCCCUCGGGGCGAAGCAGACGGAGCUGGACUCGGUGAAGUCGCUCUUGGCGGAGCGGGAGGAGGAGAUCCGGCAGCUCAGCGCGCGGUGGGAGGAGCGGGAAGGCGCGCUGGCGACCAUGCGCGCGGAGGUGAUUGCGGGCGCGCGGGAGAUCGCGCAGCUAAGAGACGUGAUCAAAUCCGCCUCGGCUGUCAAGUCAGGGCAGGCGGCAGGGCAGGCAGGGGAGGGGCAGGAAGCAGUGGAGAUUUCUCAGGCGGAUUUGGUGGCGCAUGAAGUGGUCAAGCUGGAGCUCGAGGUGGCGAAGGUGGAGGUGGAAACGGCCAUGUCAGCCCUGCAAGGCCUGGCGGAUCUGAGCGCGCAGCUCAAGGCAGGGGUCUGUGAGGAGCGCAUGCUGCCUGAAUCCUCAUCACCAGCAUCAGCAUCCCACUCAGCUGCUUCCGCCUGUCAACUAUUCGACACCAAAUCUGUGCUGGCCUCUGCCACUACUCCGGCCAGCAGAGGAAGCCAGCAGGACGGAGAGGAGCAGAAGCAGCAGCAGCAGCAGCGGAUGCAGCAGCAGCAGGAGCAGGAGGAGCGGAGGCAGAGGGAGGAGGAGGCGCGGAUGCAGCAGCAGCUGAAGGAGCGGGACAAUGCGCUGCACAUGGCAGUCAGGGCCAUGGCCAAUCUUACCAGGCUCACCCAGAAACUCGCUGCUGAUGCGGAGGCAGAGCUGGGGGGAACGCAGCCGAUGCUGCAGAUGUAGGCAGGAGGAGUGGAGACAGUGGGAGGAGGCACGCGUGCAGCAGCAGCUGAGGGAACAGGACAACACACUGCGCAUGGCAGUCAGAGCCAUGGCUAACCUCACCUGGCUCACCCAGAAGCUGCCAGCUGAUGCCGAAGCUGACCUCGGGGGGACGCAACCGGUGCUGCAGAUGUGUAGAUGUGGUUGGGUGCUGGUGGCUGUGCUGAGUGUGGCUGUGCUGCUGGUGGUGGUGCUGCUGGUGGCUCACCAGCCUAACCCAGAAGCUGCCAGCUGAUGCCAAUGCAGAACUUGGGGUCGCAAUUUGAGAUUCGCAACCUGUGCUUCUGAUGUGGACGUGGGUGGGUGCUGGUGGCUGGCUGAACGUGGCUGUCAGGCCGGGGGGUGCUCCAAGGGGCGGGCUGGGUGUUGCUUAUGUUGGGUGCUACCAGGUGCAUACCGUUGGAAAGAAGGAAUGGAGCUGGCAUGCUUGCUGUUGGGACCAUGGUACGGUAUGCUUUAUGGUAUACUGUCUUGCUUAUGGAGAGCUAACAGGUGUAGGCUUCGUCCACUCAAGACUUGCAUGCAUCAGUGUGAACGCGUUGGUAGUGAUUGGGUAUUUUGCUCUCCAUAUUGUACUGUACAUGAUGCUUCGGCUUGUUGCCGUUACGGUGGUCUAAAUGCCAUAAAGUCGCCAGUCCUAA